AUGCCGGCCGGCCGGGGGUCGAGACCGGGGCGCCUGCGGCUCCUCUUGGGGGUGUGCAGCCUCCUCGCUCUGUGGCUGCCGACGGAAGGAUGCCCCAGCAAAUGUACCUGCUCCGGCUCCAACGUGGAUUGCCACGGGCUGGGACUCAAAACGGUGCCCCGGGGCAUUCCCAGGAAUGCGGAGAGACUUGACUUGGAUAGAAAUAACAUUACAAGGAUUACAAAGGUGGACUUCGCCGGGCUUAAGAAUCUUCGUGUUCUGCAUUUGGAAGAGAAUCAGAUUAGUGUAAUAGAACGUGGAACAUUUCAAGAUCUGAAGCAACUUGAACGUCUGCGUCUGAACAGAAAUAAACUGCAAGUUCUUCCAGAACUUCUUUUUCAGAACACAUUGAAGCUAACCAGACUGGAUUUAAGUGAAAACCAGAUUCAAGGCAUUCCAAGAAAAGCUUUUCGGGGAAUUACUGAUGUGAAGAAUUUGCAACUGGACAACAAUCAAAUCAGCUGCAUCGAAGAUGGAGCCUUCCGAGCGCUGCGUGACUUGGAGAUUCUUACCCUCAAUAACAACAACAUCACACGCAUCCCUCUCACCAGCUUCAACCAUAUGCCAAAGAUCAGGACUCUACGGCUUCACUCCAAUUACUUGUACUGUGACUGCCACCUGGCUUGGCUUUCUGAUUGGCUGCGUCAACGGCGAUCUGUGGGACAGUUCACCUUUUGCAUGGCACCUGUUCAUCUGAGAGGGUUUAAUGUUGCAGAUGUUCAGAAAAAAGAGUAUGUCUGCUCAGGUACAAAUGCUGAACCACCAUCUUGCAAUGCCAAUUCUAUUAGUUGUCCAUCUGCUUGCACUUGUAGCAACAAUAUUGUGGACUGCCGAGGAAAGGGAUUAACUGAAAUUCCAGCCAACCUGCCAGAAAAUAUUGUGGAAAUACGCCUGGAGCAGAACUCUAUCAAAAGCAUUCCCCCUGGAGCUUUCUCUCAGUACAAGAAACUUAAAAGAAUUGAUAUCAGCAAGAAUCAAAUCUCAGAUAUUGCAUCAGAUGCUUUCCAUGGCUUGAAAUCUCUUACCUCACUAGUGCUGUAUGGAAAUAAGAUCACAGAGAUUCCAAAGGGCCUUUUCGAUGGGCUUGUGUCUCUGCAGUUGCUUCUUCUCAAUGCGAAUAAAAUCAAUUGUCUGCGGGUAAACACAUUUCAAGAUCUGCAUAAUCUCAAUUUGUUAUCUCUCUAUGACAAUAAACUCCAGACUAUCAGCAAAGGGCUUUUCACGCCUCUCCAAUCAAUUCAAACUCUGCAUUUAGCUCAGAAUCCAUUUGUGUGCGACUGCCAUUUGAAGUGGCUGGCUGAUUACCUGCAGGAUAAUCCAAUAGAAACCAGCGGCGCUCGAUGCAGCAGCCCACGUCGCCUUGCCAACAAACGAAUCAGCCAGAUCAAGAGCAAGAAGUUCCGUUGCUCAGGUUCAGAGGACUACAGGAGUAAGUUCAGUGGAGACUGCUUCAUGGAUCUUGUCUGUCCUGAAAAAUGCCGCUGCGAGGGAACCAUCGUAGACUGUUCUAACCAGAAGAUCACACGACUUCCCAGUCACCUCCCAGAGUAUACCACAGACUUGCGAUUACAUGAUAAUGACAUUUCCAUUCUGGAAGCUACUGGAAUUUUCAAGAAGCUCCCAAGCCUAAGGAAAAUAAACCUGAGUAACAACAAGAUCAAAGAGAUCCGUGAAGGCACUUUUGAUGGGGCAACAGGAGUGCAAGAACUGAUGUUGACUGGGAAUCAGUUGGAAUCUGUGCAUGGGCGAAUGUUUAGAGGUCUCACAGGACUCAAGACACUGAUGCUGAGGAGCAACAUGAUCAGUUGUGUGAAUAAUGACACCUUCACAGGAUUAAGUUCAGUAAGGUUACUUUCUCUGUAUGACAAUCGAAUUACUACAAUCACACCAGGAGCCUUCAGUACACUUGUCUCUUUGUCUACAAUUAAUUUGCUGUCUAAUCCAUUUAACUGCAACUGCCACUUGGCCUGGCUGGGGAAAUGGCUAAGGAAGAGGAGGAUUGUCAGUGGAAAUCCACGCUGCCAGAAACCAUUUUUCUUGAAGGAGAUUCCAAUUCAGGAUGUAGCUAUACAGGACUUCACUUGUGAUGGCAAUCCUGAAAGCAGCUGUCAUUUCUCCCCCCGUUGUCCAGACCAAUGUACCUGUGUAGAUUCCGUAGUACGCUGCAGUAACAAAGGACUGCGCUUGCUGCCAAAAGGUGUCCCCAGAGAUGUGACCGAACUGUACCUGGAAGGAAACCAUUUAUCUGCUGUGCCUAAGGAGCUCUCCAUGUUCAGACACUUGACAUUGAUUGACUUGAGUAACAACAGUAUCAGCAUGUUGGCCAAUUACACCUUCAGUAAUAUGACACAGCUAUCAACCCUAAUCCUGAGCUACAACAAACUUCGGUGUAUCCCAGUCCAUGCAUUCAAUGGCCUUAAGUCUCUACGAGUGCUGACUCUUCACGGCAAUGAUAUUUCCAGUGUCCCUGAAGGGUCUUUUAAUGAUCUCCUGUCACUUUCCCACCUGGCUCUCGGUACCAACCCUCUGCAUUGUGAUUGCCACCUACACUGGCUUUCUGAAUGGGUGAAGGCAGGGUAUAAAGAACCGGGGAUUGCACGGUGCAGCACUCCAGAUGACAUGGCAGACAGGUUGCUGCUAACGACACCAACCCACCACUUUCAGUGCAAAGGGGCUGUGGAUAUUAGUAUUGUGUCCAAGUGUAACCCCUGCCUAUCCAAUCCCUGUAAAAAUAACGGGACUUGCACCAAUGAUCCAGUGGAUUUUUACCGAUGCACAUGCCCAUUUGGCUAUAAGGGCCGAGACUGCAGCACACCCAUUAAUGCAUGCAUUCAGAAUCCAUGCCAGAAUGGAGGGACUUGCCAGCUCACAGACACAAAUCAAGAUGGAUUCAGUUGUUCCUGCCCUAUUGGAUUUGAGGGGAAGAAAUGUGAAGUGAAUCCAGAUGACUGUGAAGAUAAUGACUGUGAAAACAACGCAACUUGUAUAGAUGGGAUAAACAACUAUGCCUGUCAAUGCCUCCCUAACUAUACAGGAGAGCUAUGCGAUGAAGUGAUUAACCAGUGUGUACCUGAGCUAAACCCUUGCAAACGUAACUCUAAAUGUAUCCCUCUUGACAAAGGAUACAGAUGUGAAUGCUUACCUGGCUACAGUGGAAAACACUGUGAAACUGAUGAUGAUGACUGUGUGGGACACAAAUGUCGCCAUGGUGCUUUGUGUGUAGAUGCUGUCAAUGGAUACACCUGCAUUUGUCCCCAAGGAUUCAGUGGACUCUUCUGUGAAAAUCCUCCACCAAUGGUUCUGCUCCAGACCAGCCCUUGUGACUACUAUGAAUGCCAGAAUGGUGCGCAGUGCAUUGUAGUACAGCAGGAGCCAGUCUGUCGAUGCCUGGCAGGUUUUGCUGGCCAGAAGUGUGAGAAACUCAUCACCGUCAAUUUUGUUGGGAAGGAUUCCUACGUUGAGCUGCCGCCAGCCAAAAUUCGCCCUCAAGCAAACAUCUCCCUUCAAGUAGCAACAGAUAAAGACAACGGCAUCUUAUUAUACAAAGGGGAUAAUGAUCCUCUGGCUUUAGAAUUAUACCAAGGUCAUGUGAGGCUUAUCUAUGACACACUGAAUUCUCCUCCCACAACUAUAUACAGUGUGGAAACAGUAAAUGAUGGGCAGUUUCACAGUGUGGAGCUGGUGAUGUUAAACCAGACCUUCAAUUUGGUUGUCGAUAAAGGAGCUCCCAAGAGUCUAGGCAAACUGCAAAAGCAACCUGUGGUUGGGGAAGACACUCCACUCUAUAUUGGAGGCAUUCCUACAUCCACAGGGUUAUCUUCCCUCCGUCAGGGAACAGAGAGAACACCCAGUGGUUUCCAUGGCUGCAUUCAUGACGUCCGCAUCAACAAUGAGCUACAGGAUUUCAAGGAUCUCCCUCAUCAGUCUGUAGGAGUUCUUCCAGGUUGCAGAUCCUGUAACAUCUGCAAGCAUGGUAUCUGUCGCUCUCUUGAGAAGACAAGUGUUGUCUGUGAAUGCCACCCUGGCUGGACAGGCUCACUAUGUGACCAAGAAGUUAAAGAUCCCUGCCUGAAUAACAAAUGUCUCCAUGGCAAAUGCGUAGCUACCAACUCUGCUUACACAUGUAAGUGUACAGAAGGUUAUACAGGCAUGUACUGCGAUGGAAAAAAUGAUUCUUCUAGCUCCUGCAGGCUUCUGAAAUGUGCCCAUGGGGAGUGCAAGAUCUCGGCACAAGGGGAACCAUAUUGUGAAUGUGAGCCAAACUACAGUGGGGAGCGUUGUGAUAGAGAGAAUCUGUGCCAAGGAGAGAUCAUCCGCGAAUUCAUUCGGAAGCAACAAGGCUCCACCUCCUGCACCUCCAUGGUCAAAAUCCCACGCGUAGAAUGUCAUGGCAGCUGUGGAAACCAUCAGUGCUGUGUUGCCCUCCGUAGUAAAAGGCGGAAAUAUGGUUUCCAGUGCAUGGAUGGCUCCUCCUUCAUCGAAGAGCUAGAGAGGCACGUGGAGUGUGGCUGCGCAAAGUGUUUAUAAGCCGCCAACCAGCCUCUUUGCCCUUUUGUGUCGACUCAGACGUGCUCUCAAAAACAGGACCUAUUUACUUUGAAGUGAAGAAGAGAAUAUUAAGUAUAUUGUAAAAUAAGCAAAAAAUAGAAGUUAUUUUAUUAUGAAAAGUGACUAUUUUCCUCUUUUAUUAUAUAAAGUUUCUGACUGUUUGGGGUAUAUGUAUCAUACAGUGAGUUAUAUUUACUAUGGAUUUUUUUUUACAGUUGUAAAAGAAAAAGGGGGGGGGGGAAGAGGGAAAUAUUCCAAAAUUAAACACAGGGAUUAAAAACAGAGUAUAGCUAACGAGCUUUGCACAAAAGUGAGGUGUGAAAGUAAAUUUUAAAAGUUCACUGCGAGAAAUUGGAAAGCAAGUUUUGAAAUAUUCUGGACAGUUGCACAUCUAAGAGCUAUUGCUUCCCAUUCUUUUUCCUGUCCAGCCACACUCAGUUAAUAUCCCUCUCGGCUGAUGAUGAUGAAACUGCUACUUGUGUUUGUAAUUGUUGUGAAGCUGCUCAAUACCAUUGCCAAAAAAAAAGCACAUUGCAGCACUGCCAUUGCUUGGUCCUUAUGCACAGGUAUUAUUAUGCACAUGUUAAUGCAACACUAGUAGUUACCUGUUCUGUUUUUUAUGUAUUGUUGAUUCUCAUAUGGUUGAGCUCCAAAUCAGUUAAAUUGGCUGUCUGGCCAUCAGCAGUCUCACAAAAUGUUAAAUUGGAGAAAUGUGCUUGCUUAAUAGUAUUUGGUGUCUUGUUUGUUGCUUAACUGACUGAUGGAAAGAAAAUACAGUCAGUAGCAGAGGGAAUAAUACAUGGCCACAUCCUUCUCUGCUUUCCAAGCAGAUGGAAUAGCGCUUUGCCUUGGUUAUCCUCCUUCCUUGUGGUCUCCUGUUCCACACUGGAAGAAUAUUGCAGACACGUACACCGGCCAGACGAUGAUCAGCAGAAAAUCUCCCUUAAUGACGGCCUCCUUAGUUAUAAUUUCUCAUGAUUUUAUGCUUUAGAUUGCAAAGCUGAAAUGAAAGACAUUGCCUUACGUGACGAUGACAAUCCUCUGUAAAAUUCCCAGAUCUUUACACAGGAGUUUUCCACUCGCUCCAGGAGUUCUAUCACAGUUCCUAUAAAGGAAACACAAAGCCAUUUUCCUUUCACCUGGUCUCCACUGAUGCUGAGCUUGAUAUUGGAAGUUGGUAGAAUCAGCUGCCAUGCAGAGGUUGUCUGUACAUUGUGCCCUAAAGAAUGCUUUUCCAUAUAGAUCCAGAGUGACCCUCUAGAUGUUGUUGGACUGCAACUACCAGCAUUCUUCAUUCUUGGUUAUGUUGGUUUAGGGCAGAUGGAAGCUUGACAAUAACUGAAGAGCUAUAUUUGGUCCAUUUCAGCGGUUGACCUUCCCUAUCCCAGUGCCAGAUACUUCUGGUGAUGGGUUGCUAACAAUGGCCAGAGUUUGGAAGUUACAAAAUUAGUUGGUUUUCUUUUGCUUUAUUCUGUUUGGCUUUUCAGGGAUAACAAUGGUGCAACAAAGGUGCAUUUCAGAAGUUAUGUAAUGAGUGAUGUUUUCUAGUUACUUUAAAAGCUAUCUUACAUCUUUGGAAUUUAUCUGCUGCUGUAGUCUUAAGUAAGUAUUGGCCCAGUACAAUGGCCAGCAUAGUAUUUUUAGCAAAAUGCUGCUGCAAGUUAUAAAAUCAGAAUAUGGUGUUUUCUGCUGUGUACUGAGUUGUGCAAUUCAGUGUGGAACAAUUCAUGUCUGCACAAAUUUUGUAACUUGCAACAAUUUGCCACCAAAGGGUGCAUCGUUGGUCAUUGUUUUGUAUUGUCUUUUGUAUAUCUAACCACUAGAGGGCAAUAGAAAAUAUUUCUCUCUAUUAGCAACACAAUACUUCAAUAUAACCCAAAACAUUAAUAUGCUGCUUUUAUAACCAGAGUUCUCUGGCUAUCAGAGAAGAAUGAGUAGUGUAAUUAGUGGGCUUUUAUAGUUUCCAAAGCUCUGAUGAUGGCAAGGAAAGCCUUCCUGUGAGUCCACAUAUCAUGGCACUAUGUUACUGAUGCUACAUGGAUCGGUGGCCACUAUACACAGUCGGUUUUC